AUGGGAGAGCGCAAGAAGAUUAUCAUCGAUACUGAUCCUGGAAUCGAUGAUGCAAUGGCGAUAUUUGUGGCGUUAAACUCACCAGAAGUUGAUGUGAUUGGCCUCACUACUAUCUAUGGAAACGUCUACACUACUCUCGCCACUCGCAACGCCUUGCAUUUGUUGGAGAUUGCUGGUAGGACAGACAUUCCUGUAGCUGAAGGAACACAUAAAACUAUCCUUAAUGGUACAAAACUUCGAAUUGCUGACUUUGUUCAUGGAGAAGAUGGGCUUGGCAACCAAAAUUUCCCUCCGCCUAAGGGAAAGCCAAUUGAGAAAUCUGGACCUGAGUUCUUGGUUGAACAAGCAAAGCUUUUCCCUGGCGAAAUCACUGUUGUUGCUUUGGGACCAUUAACAAAUAUCGCACUGGCUGUUCAGCUUGAUCCUGAGUUUUCGAAAAAUGUGGGACAAAUUGUACUUCUUGGUGGAGCGUUUGCAGUAAACGGAAAUGUAAAUCCAGCUUCGGAAGCUAAUAUUUUUGGCGAUCCAGAAGCUGCAGAUAUUGUGUUUACAUGUGGGGCCGAUAUAAUUGCUGUGGGAAUCAACGUGACUCAUCAAGUUAUCAUGACAGCUGAUGAUAGGGACAAACUGGCAUUGUCAAAGGGAAAAUUAGCUCAAUACCUCUGUAAAAUCCUUGGUGUGUACUAUUCUUAUCAUCUUGAUGCUUAUGAGAUCAAAGGUGUUUAUCUUCAUGAUCCUACAACGAUCCUUGCGGCUUUCCUUCCUUCUCUGUUCACUUACACUGAAGGAGUUGUUAGAGUCCAGACAAACGGCAUCACUAAAGGACUUACUUUACUGUACAACAAUCGUAAGAGGUUUGAGGAAGUGACCGAGUGGUCAGACAAACCAUCGGUCAAAGUGGCUGUGACGGUUGAUGCUCCUGCGGUCUUGAAGCUCAUAAUGGAUAGGCUUAUGGAGUCUUGA